AUGGUUCCCUCACGUUCAUUGAGCGCUGGUUCGCUGAUGCUCACUUUAUUGUCUUCCCCUGUAGCCGCCACAAGUUACUCCCUAGUGGAGACUUGGCAGGGGAAGAAUUUCCUGGACUAUUUCAACUUUCACACCGGAGCCGACCCGACGAACGGCUAUGUGAACUAUCUCGACAAGCAGAGUGCCGAGAGUGCAGGGCUAGUUAAGGUGACCGACAGCGGCAGUGUAUACCUCGGAGUUGAUCAUAAGACCACGCUGGACCCAAAUGGCAAGGGGCGUGAUUCAGUCCGCAUUGGAAGUAAGAAGUACUAUGACCAGUCUUUGGUCAUCGCGGAUAUUGCCCACAUGCCCGGGAGCGUCUGCGGUACAUGGCCUGCUUUCUGGUCUACUGGCAAGAACUGGCCCGGGGAUGGAGAGAUUGAUAUCAUUGAGGGGGUGAACCUUCAAGAUCACAACGAGAUCGUCAUGCACACUGCUGGUACAUGCAGCUUGACGGACACAGAUAUGACUGGUGUUGUCAAUGCCACUGGGUGUGGUGAGGACUUGGGAACCGUUGGGUGCGUGAUCGAAGGCCACAAGGGCAGUUACGGCACAUCGUUCAACGGUCAGGGAGGUGGUGUGUAUGCCAUGCAGUGGACCGAUGAAUUCCUCAAGAUUUGGUAUUUCCCCCGGAGCUCGAUCCCGGCCUCUAUCACUAGUGGCAAGCCAGAUGUCACCAAAUUCGGCACCCCCAUGGCCUUGGUGGAGGAAUCAUGCGAUGUUGCGAACGCCUUCAAGUCUCAGUCCUUUGUGUUUGAUGUUACUUUCUGUGGUGACUGGGCUGGCGGUGUCUUUGGCGGCUCAGGUUGCCCUAUGACCGAUUCAGAUUCCUUCCAAAGCUGCCACAACUUUGUCGCCAACCAUCCCGCCCAGUUUGAGCAGUCUUACUGGGAAAUCAACUCGGUCAAGAUCUAUCAAACUGGUGUAGAGGGAACUGCAGUGGUUUCCUCCCAGUCCUCCAAGCCCGCGCCCCCCGUCACCUCCUCGGUUUCCGAGACUCAGGCCAUGGAAAGUCAUGCUGUUGCUGCCACUACCGAGGCUGCUCCUGUUGUCUCCCAGGCUACCGCCCAGAACCAGGCCACUGUAGUGCACUCGUCAACUGACAGAACAGACGCUGUUGGAAGCAUCCAGGCACUAAACCCUACUUCUGCUGCCCCUGCUGCUGCUCCUGAAAACACCGCUACUCAGGGGAUCCAGCAAUCUCCUGCCACCAAGAAAACCCGGACUGUCACCGCAUUUGUCACUUCAACCAAGACUAUCUGCCCCGAAGCUGAGAAAUCUUCUUCUCUUGCGGCUUUCUGGGCCGCAACCCCAACAGUAUCUCAUCCUGUUGUGCCAGUUACUGAGAUUCCCGGUAGCAGCCAGAAUGCCAAAGGACCCACCUCAGGAGCUGUAGUUGUUCCUCAAUCUGCCCCGGCAUUGCAGGCAAUCCCGGUCGGUCACAGCCAGCCCUCCGUCGAGACGGGUGUCUCUGCCCAAACCAGCCCGAUUGCUGCAGCACACGACAGCGCACCUUCUCCCACCCCGGGAUACUCAGCCUCCAGUGCUGCUCCCUCAGGCCCUGCCCAUGCUGGAGCCCCCAGCGUUGAUCUAUUCGGUGGUUCCUGGCUGCGUCCCUCUGCUGCCCCAUCUGAUGUUGCAUCUCAGCCUUCCAGGGCCCUCAUCUCUGCACCAACUGAUGUCUCCCCUGAAACUGCCGCCAGAUCUUCCUCUGGUAACUUCGUUACUAGCGAGUCUACAACCGGAGCUGUCCCGGUUUUCACCGGUGCUGCUCACAAAAUGUCACUGAGCGCCUCUGUGAUUGUCUGUGCUCUGAUUGCCUUUGCGAUCUAA